GCGACGGGGAAAGGGAGAAACGGACACGGUUAGCUAGCGAAAUACAACGUCAAAAACUUUUAAACGAUUUUUAACCUUGUCGAACUUUGAUAGUAACUGUUUCGGACUCAUUUGGGGGAUUGACCAGAUAUUUUGGCUGAGCCAAGACGGGCAAACCUUAGGAGUUUGUUUGUUUUUGUACAAGAAACGUCUCAAUCGCUUGGUUUCUGACCUUAUAACUCGGAUAGACACUCUCAAUCUUUUCUGCCUGUGUCAGUCGACCGUGAUCACUCGAGUCUCCAAAAAAAUUGUCCGGGUCAGGAGAUGUGUGUACCGGGCAAGACCGUCAUCGUCGUCUGGUCAUGAACGGCACAUUUUGAAGACACAGCGGUGGGGAGGAGAAUAUUGGUCUAUUCAUUAUCGUGGUGGACAGGAGCUGAUUCCUAGGGAGACGCAGUCCCACUCCAGAGGAUAAAGAGCUUACACACGCAAGUACCGAAAGAGCCGAGGGCUGUCGGAGUGUUCCCUGUCCCUGAGGACUGGGCUUUGUGUCCGAGCGCCUGUGUGUGCUGGGAGGAGUGUCGGGCAGUCAUCCCUGUUCUACUCGGAUUACUGAAAUAUAGCUAGAUUCCGUGGAUUUCCAAUUAAAAAAGGAUACACUCAAGAUGUAUCCACAAGGCCGGCAUCCGGCACCACACCAGCCCGGGCAACCCGGGUUCAAAUUCACCGUUGCAGAGUCUUGCGACAGGAUCAAAGACGAAUUUCAGUUCCUGCAAGCCCAGUAUCACAGUCUUAAGGUGGAGUAUGACAAACUGGCCAACGAGAAGACGGAGAUGCAGCGUCACUAUGUUAUGUAUUACGAAAUGUCUUACGGGCUGAACAUCGAAAUGCACAAGCAGACGGAGAUCGCAAAACGUCUCAAUGCGAUUCUAGCUCAGAUCAUGCCUUUUCUGUCACAAGAGCACCAACAGCAGGUAGCACAGGCUGUUGAGCGUGCUAAACAGGUGACAAUGACCGAGCUGAAUGCCAUCAUCGGGGUACGUGGACUUCCCAAUCUGCCCCUCACCCAGCAGCAGCUCCAGGCUCAGCACCUCUCUCACGCGGCUCACGGCCCCCCCGUCCAGCUGCCCCCCCACCCUUCGGGCCUGCAGCCCCCCGGCAUGCCCCCGGUGACAGGCUCCGGAUCCGGUCUCCUGGCCCUGGGCGCCCUGGGCAGCCAGGCCCACCUUCCAGUCAAGGACGAGAAGAACCACCAUGAGCUGGAGCACAGAGAGCGUGAGUCGAGCACGAAUAACUCGGUGUCGCCGCCCGACAGCCUGCGUGCAGCCAACGAGAAGCACCGCAGCUCCUCCGACUACAGCCUGGACUCCAAGAAACGCAAACUGGAGGAGAAGGACAGCAUGAGCCGAUAUGACAGUGAUGGGGACAAAAGUGAUGACCUGGUGGUGGACGUGUCCAACGAGGAUCCCGCCACCCCUCGUGUCAGCCCCGCCCACUCCCCGCCCGAGAACGGCCUGGACAAGUCCCGCCCAGUCAAGAAGGACGCCCCCAACAGCCCCGCCUCCGUAGCCUCCUCCGGCAGCACCCCCUCCUCCAAAACCAAGGAGCACGUCCAUAACGACAAGUCCACCACACCAGGACUGAAGUCCAACACGCCCACGCCACGUAAUGACGCCCCCACUCCCGGCACCAGCACCACCCCAGGGCUCCGGCCAAUCCUGGGCAAGCCUCCUGGCAUGGAGGCACUAGCUCCUGCUCUGCGGACCCCCCUGUCCAUUGCAGGCUCCUACGCCGCCCCUUUCGCCAUGAUGGGGCACCACGAGAUGAACGGCUCCCUGACCAGCCCGGGCGUGUACGCCGGCCUGCACAUCUCCCCCCAGAUGAGUGCCGCCGCCGCUGCAGCGUACGGGAGAGCCCCCAUGGCGGGGUUUGAUCCUCACCCCCACAUGAGAGCUCCAGGCCUCCCAGCCAGCCUCACGUCCAUCUCAGGCGGAAAACCGGCGUACUCCUUUCACGUCAGCGCCGACGGCCAGAUGCAACCGGUGCCCUUCCCCCCGGAUGCCCUGAUUGGCCCGGGGAUCCCGCGCCACGCCCGCCAGAUCAACACUCUGAGCCACGGCGAGGUGGUGUGCGCCGUCACCAUCAGCAACCCCACGCGCCACGUCUACACCGGGGGCAAGGGCUGUGUCAAGAUCUGGGACAUCAGCCAGCCUGGCAGCAAGAGCCCCGUGUCUCAGCUGGACUGCCUGAACAGGGAUAACUACAUCCGCUCCUGCAAGCUCCUGCCGGACGGCCGCACGCUGAUCGUGGGAGGGGAGGCCAGCACCCUGACCAUCUGGGACCUGGCCUCGCAGACGCCCCGCAUCAAAGCGGAGCUGACCUCCUCCGCUCCUGCCUGCUACGCCCUCGCCAUCAGCCCCGACGCCAAAGUCUGCUUCUCCUGCUGCAGCGACGGCAACAUCGCCGUGUGGGACCUGCACAACCAGACCCUCGUCAGGCAAUUCCAGGGCCACACGGACGGCGCCAGCUGCAUCGAUAUUUCUCACGAUGGCACUAAGCUGUGGACUGGGGGGCUGGACAACACCGUGCGUUCCUGGGACCUGAGGGAGGGACGGCAGUUGCAGCAGCAUGACUUCACCUCCCAGAUCUUCUCUCUGGGGUACUGUCCCACGGGCGAGUGGCUGGCCGUGGGCAUGGAGAGCAGCAAUGUGGAGGUCCUGCACCACACCAAGCCAGACAAGUACCAGCUGCACCUGCACGAGAGCUGCGUCCUGUCACUCAAAUUCGCCUACUGCGGUAAAUGGUUUGUGAGCACCGGGAAGGACAAUCUGCUUAAUGCCUGGAGGACUCCCUACGGUGCCAGCAUUUUCCAGUCGAAGGAGUCCUCGUCCGUCCUGAGCUGUGACAUCUCGGCAGACGACAAGUACAUCGUCACAGGCUCUGGUGACAAGAAGGCCACGGUGUAUGAAGUGAUCUACUAGAUUCGAACCUGGAGGACUGAAGCGCAGCAGGCCAAGGGAUGGAGGAUGCUGACUCCUCCCCCUUCUCUUCCUCCACCUUUGACCCCCCCCCCCCUCAAAGACUCCCUCGAUUCUACUCGGACUGCAGCCGGGGCGGGGCCAGCGUUGUGGGCCCCCCCACUCAUAUAGCGGACACUUCCUCGCCGAGCGCAGUUCUU